AAGUUCGGAAAGUCAAAGCCUAUGAUAGUUAUUGUCAUUGCACCAAUCAAUGCAAUAAUGGAAGAACAGGUGCGGGAGUUGCGUGCCAAAGGGAUCAUGGCAUGUUCCUUAUCAUACAGUGGUUCUGGAGCGACAACUUUUGAUGCUGAAGAAGACAUGGAAGACACGGAUUGCGAUGACAAGGUGAUUCUUCCUAAAGAAGUCACAAUGAAGGAACUGAUGGAUGGAAAAUACCACAUCAUCUAUACACACCCAGAGUGUUUGUUCCAAAGCAAAGCCAUUGCCAAGAUGAUCAGAUCAAAGCAUUACCAAGAGCACCUUUGCGGCAUUGUUAUUGAUGAGGUCCACAUGAUAUUGGAAUGGCAAGUUUGUUUUAAACCUCAUAAUAUCAAUAUAUGAAUAAAAUCAUAUUAGCUCUCUUUUUAGCUCAACAAAAUGGAGCUAAUUUCGUGACCCUCUCUUUGUCAGGGGCAUCCAUGUCGCUUAAU